GGCGGAAUGUCCUGGUUAGACAAUGGUCCCUAGUAUAGAGCUAUAUUUAGCUCUAUGGUUCACGACCAUUAAACAUUGAUCCCAUUAUGAAAGUCCGUGUUAGCUAUGUAAGGUCAGAUUAACUCAUACAGUUUGAAUGGCAUAAACACUCAUGGCCAUCACCUUGUUUGACAAAAAGGGGCAAGUUAACAUCCAUCGGCUGGGCAAUUUUUUGCUGGUUCUACCAUCUCAUGCUGUGUGGUAUUACUUUGCCGACAAAAUAAUUAAUCCACUGGAUAACUAGGACGACGGGUUUAUCUUUUCUGGGGGUGUAAAAGGAGGCAGUGUGUGACCGAAAAGGUGCGGGAUACAGCGCAGUAUUAGUGCACAAUCAAUGAUUCACGGAAGACCCGUCAGUCACAAAAAGGUAGCGCAAUUUGUCCAGCAGAACGGAAUUUCCUCAAGGGCCUCAAGAAUACUGGAGAAACAUUUGGAGAGGUCAGCAUAACCACGGCUGAAAAGACUUCUUUUAACGAGUCGGCACUGAGUUAGGGUCACCGGUCAUGGCUUGCUGCCAACCCCGCUGCGGUUGGUGGCGGUGGCUGAUUCCCUGGCUGGUGUUCGUUGAGUUUUUCCUGUGUUUCGGGAUUCUGUACAACUACAACAUUCUGUUUGUCAGUCUACAAGGCGAAUUCCACUCAGGCUCGGCAGUUACAGGUUGGGUGGGAUCUCUUUCGCACGCCUUGGUUGGCCUCGCCAGCCCGCUCACUCCCUUGCUCGAGCGAAAGCUGAGCAGAAGGGUCGUUGUCCUGACAGGGGUGACCACCAUCUGUGCAGGUCUGUUCAUGACGUCAUUCGUGCCGGCCCUUGGCUACGCCUAUCUGACGUUUGGGGUCCUGACAGGCGUUGGCGGAAGCUUCAUGACGAACUCGUCGCUGGGGCUGCUGAUGGACUGGUUCGUGGGGCGGAACUUUUCUCGUUACAGCGCCACCGUUUUUAUGGGAUCGAAUUGUGGAGUCCUCAGUUUAAGCUAUUUGCUCACCGCUGCCACAAACCAUUACGGAUGGCGCGGGGCACUGAGGGUAUUCAGCGGAGGGAUACUCGUGGUGGGCGCUGCGGCAGGAUUGCUUCUCACCGACCCACCGGCCGAUGAGUGCUGCGGUACAUGGGAACGAGGCGGUUCCCGGGAUCAGAAACAAUGCGGCACCAACAGUGUGGUCACCAUGAUGGAGCAGACACCAGCCUGUGGCAUGGAGGAGACUGAGGACUCUGGAAUCCACGAGCCUCUCCCUACAGACGACAAAGACAGCGAGGACGUUAAAACCGAGGUCGCAGGAGAAGAGGCUAGCGACGCCGUUGUCACCCCUGACAAACUGGCUGUCGCGGACGCUGCAAACUCCCAUAGAUUGUUUGUCAUACUAAAAGACCCGGAGGCGUGGCUCUGGUCUGUGGCAAGUCUGCUAUCCUUCAUGGGUUGGGCAUUUUUCAAUAUCAAUUUUGCAAGUUUCAUGAAAGGUCUUCGGUUCGACGACAACCAGAUAGCCUCUAACAUUGUCUUCUUCUCUUGCGGGGAACUUGGCGGGAAAAUCCUGCUAGCCAUGAUAGGAGAUCGUCUACCCUUCAUGUAUCUGUACGUGGUAGUUGCCUCCUGCCUGGGAGGCACCGUAACACUGUCGCUGCUGGCUUAUUCCAAGACGUAUACCACGGUGGCGGUCCUCGGAGUCGUAUCUGGCGUCUGCCGAACUGGUGUGUACGGUGCGUGCGUUGCAACUGCGGCUCAACUAUUCCACCGGACCUACGGGACCAGGGGCAGCUUGAUUCUGUUCAUGUACCCGGCAGGUUUUGGAACGUUUGUUAGCGCACUUCUCGCAGGUGUUUUGUAUGACCUUACGGGUGACUACCUCCUUAGCCUUAUUGUCAUCGUCGUCAUCUUCCUUUGUGCCACAACAAUCUUACUGGUCAUUCCACUGCGCAGACGGAUUCGGUCACGUGGUUAUGCUGUUUAAAAAAACACGCUCUGUCCAAGCAUGACGAAAAGGUUUCUCGUUUUCGAAUGAUUUUCUGCCAUUGGUGACUUUACUUUUCCAAGUGUUAUUUCUUGUCUAACAAUCAUUUUUGAUCUUAGGCGCUCAGGCAAAGUGAAACCAGGACCGGGGGCUUGUAUUUCGAAAGAGUACGAAGUUGCAGGAAAGGUUAGUCCAAGAAAAGUUCAUUACGUGUAGGCCUAUCUAUUAAACAUGUGCAGUAGGCAUGUCAAAUUCACUGACUAAAUUCUCAAAAAAGGGGUAGCGUGGCCACUGCUUGUCUCCUCGAAAGGAAUAAGAAAGAACCGUUAGCAUUAUAUAUAGCUGAUGACACUGGACUCAGAAGUGCCCAGUGAAAACCUGCGAGGGCGAGUAUAUUAUAUGAACUGGAAACCAAAUUCACUUAAAGCCGGGGCCAAGCUGGAACCUAGGCAUCAUUGCUGCAAACCACGCUAAUGCACUCCCCCGGAAUGCUUAUGUGAAUUACGUUUCAGCAUUGAGUCAGCAAUGAUCUUCUGUUGAUCACAGUGUGGUAAUUUGUUUUUAAUGAAUAUCAUCGAUGUAUUAUUUUACGGCAACUUAUUUCAAAUCAGUGGUGGUGUUGUUAAAUUGUAGUAAAAUAAACAAUAAUAAUAACUA